AGUCAUUAUUUGUAAGUCUGUCUGUAAAUUGUUGUUCGUAUGUGUAACUGGUUUGGGGGAAUCAUUUUUUUAUAUAUUUUUUUAUUUAAAAAAGUAAUUUCGUAAUGGUUAGGUUGUUAUGAAUGCACUGAUAUAAGUGGGUGUAAGUGGCAUUUCGGCAAUUUUGAUAAAAACACCAACUUAUAUUGUUAAAUAAAGGUUAAAUAAAAAUUAUUGAAAAUAUAUAUACCGGAGUUGUGCCUGGAUAUAACCUGUUUUAGCAUGGACAUUGCCAUUGAGGGCCUACACCAUGUUAAAGUAGUCAACUGGUGGAGAUUCCUAUGAGUUGGGAGCAAUAAGCCAAUGAAGAAGAAAAUGUACAACUUUAAAAUGGAGAUAGCCUCAAUGGCGCUUCCCAUGCUGUCACAGACAAUAUAAUGGCACAGAUACAAACGGGAGUCCUCUAUCUCUAUGGUCUGUUGUUCACACACAUAUCUUCUCUCUCAUUGGCUAGAAUGGUCCCACCUGAUUCUCGCUUCAAUAUAAUGGCACAGAUACAAACGGGAGUCCUCUAUCUCUAUGGUCUGUUGUUCACACACAUAUCUUCCCUCUCAUUGGCUAGAAUGGUCCCACCUGAUUCUCGCUUCAAUAUAAUGGCACAGAUACAAACGGGAGUCCUCUAUCUCUAUGGUCUGUUGUUCACACACAUAUCUUCCCUCUCAUUGGCUAGAAUGGUCCCACCUGAUUAUCGCUUCCUCCCGCAUGCCUUCCAUCUUUGAGGGCAUGUAUUUCCAUUGUUAGAGUGGUCACUUGAGAAAGUAGAAACCUUCCAUCAUCCCAGAGAAGAGUCCCCUAAGCAAGCUGGUCCUGGGGCUCUGUUCACAAACACACCACACAGACACCCAGGGCAGAAACACAAUUAGACCCAACCAAAUCCUGAGAAAACAAAAAGAUAAUUUACUUGACACAUUGGAAAGAAUUUGCAAAAAAACAGAGCAAACUAGAAUGUUAUUUGGCCCUAAAACAGAGAGUACACCGUGGCAGAAUACCUGGCCACUGUGACUGACCCAAACUUAAGGAAAGCUUUGACUAUGUACAGACUCAGUGAGCAUAGCCUUGCUAUUGAUAAAAGUCGCCGUAGGCAGACCUGGCUCUCAAGAGAAGACAGGCUAUGUGCUCACUGCCCACAAAAUGAGGUGGAAACUGAGCUGCACUUCCUAAACUCCUGCCAAAUGUAUGACCAUAUUAGAGACACAUAUUUCCCUUAGAUUACACAGAUCCACAAAUAAUUCAUAUUUAUGUUUAUUUAUUUUCCCUUUUUUACUUUAACUAUUUGCACAUCAUUACAACACUGUAUAUAUACAUAAGAUGACAUUUGAAAAGUCUUUAUUAUUUUGGAACUUCUGUGAGUGUAAUAUGUACUGUUAACUUUUUAUUGUUUAUUUCACUUUUGUUUAUCUAUUUCACUUGCUUCGCCAAUGUAAACACAUGUUUCGCCAAUAAAGCCCCUUGAAUUGAAAGGUGUCUGCAGAAGGGAAAAGCCUAGAUGUCCAUGUCAAAUCAAAUCAAACUUUAUUUGUCACAUGUGCCGAAUACAAGUGUAGACUUUACCGUGAAAUGUUUACUUACAAACCCUUAACAGUGCAGUUCAAGAAUAGUUAAGAAAAUAAUUACCAAAUAGACUAAAAUAAAAAGUAAUAAUUAAAAGUAACACAAUAAGAAUAACGAAGCUAUAUACAGGGGGCACCGAUACCGAGUCAGUGUACGGGGGUACAGGCUAGUUUAGGUCAUUUGUACAUGUACGUGGGGGUGAAGUGACUAUUCAUAGAUAUGGCUGGAACCAUGAAGCAACGUUUUUUGGCAUGUCCGACUAGGGCUCUCUGCAAUCCAGGACCUCUAUACCAGGCGGUGUCAGAGAAAGGCCCUAUAAAUUGUCCGUCUCCAGCCACCCAAGCCAUAGACUGUUCUCUUUGCUACAGCACGGCAAGUGGUAAAGGUGCACCAAGUCUGGAACCAACAUGACCCUGAACAGAUUCUACCCCCAAGCCAUAAGACUGCUAAAUAGUUAGUUAAAUAGUUCACCAAAUGGCAACCCAGAUUAUCUGCAUUGACUCAUCACAUACACUGCUGCUACUGUUUACUAUCAGUCGUUUUUUCCCUAGUUAUAUGUACAUAUUUACCUCAAUUACCUAGUACCACUUGUAUCGACUCGGUACUCAUACCUCUUGUAUUUGUAUCUAUUAAUACGUUCAUUAUUACUUGUUUUACUUUUCUGUUAUUUCUCUCAUUUCUUUCUCCCUGCAUCGUUGGGAAGGGCCGUAAGGAAGCAUUUCACUGUUAGUCCACACCUUUUGUCUACAAAACAUGUGACGAAUAGUAUUUUAUUUUUACCUUGUUUUUUCAACCCCUUCCAGUUGGUGGCGGCAAUACACCUUUUUGGGGGAUGUAGUUCGCCAUGAAACGCACAAGAAGAAGAAGCGGAAGAAGACGUCGUCACAGUAAGAACAAUGACGUGAUGAGAACUAAUGGAAAAUGAGAACAAUCGCCUCGUUGUGGCCACCAGCCCUGCCCGAAGUUUGGUUUUCUUUGACUUGGAGACAACAGGACUUGAUUGUAGACAUCAUGUGGAUGGGAAAAGGCAUCAGAAGCUACUGGCAGCUACAGCGUCAACAUCAUGUGGAUGGGAAAAGGCAUCAGAAGCUACUGGCAGCUACAGCAUCAACAUCAUGUGGAUGGGAAAAGGCAUCAGAAGCUACUGGCAGCUACAGCAUCAACAUCAUGUGGAUGGGAAAAGGCAUCAGAAGCUACUGGCAGCUACAGCAUCAACAUCAUGUGGAUGGGAAAAGGCAUCAGAAGCUACAGCAUCAACAUCAUGUGGAUGGGAAAAGGCAUCAGAAGCUACUGGCAGCUACAGCAUCAACAUCAUGUGGAUGGGAAAAGGCAUCAGAAGCUACAGCAUCAACGUCAUGUGGAUGGGAAAAGGCAUCAGAAGCUACUGGCAGCUACAGCAUCAACAUCAUGUGGAUGGGAAAAGGCAUCAGAAGCAACUGGCAGCUACAGCAUCAAGAUCAUGUGGAUGGGAAAAGGCAUCAGAAGCUACUGGCAGCUACAGCAUCAACAUCAUGUGGAUGGGAAAAGGCAUCAGAAGCAACUGGCAGCUACAGCAUCAACAUCAUGUGGAUGGGAAAAGGCAUCAGAAGCUACUGGCAGCUACAGCAUCAACAUCAUGUGGAUGGGAAAAGGCAUCAGAAGCUACUGGCAGCUACAGCAUCAACAUCAUGUGGAUGGGAAAAGGCAUCAGAAGCUACAGCAUCAACAUCAUGUGGAUGGGAAAAGGCAUCAGAAGCUACUGGCAGCUACAGCAUCAACAUCAUGUGGAUGGGAAAAGGCAUCAGAAGCUACAGCAUCAACAUCAUGUGGAUGGGAAAAGGCAUCAGAAGCUACUGGCAGCUACAGCAUCAACAUCAUGUGGAUGGGAAAAGGCAUCAGAAGCUACAGCAUCAACGUCAUGUGGAUGGGAAAAGGCAUCAGAAGCUACUGGCAGCUACAGCAUCAACAUCAUGUGGAUGGGAAAAGGCAUCAGAAGCUACUGGCAGCUACAACAUCAACCCCAGCUAUAGCAACCUUUUCCCACCAAGCCAGUGAUUUUAUUUAUUUCAUUUUUUAUUUAACCUUUAUUUAACUAGGCAAGCCAGUUAAGAACAAAUUCUUAUUUACAAUGAUGGCCUAUGAACAGUGGGUUAACUGCCUUGUUCAGGGGCAGAACAACAGAUUUUUACCUUGUCAGCAAAGGGAUUCGAUCUAGCAACCUUUCGGUUACUGCCCCAACGCUCUAACCACUAGGCUACCCGCCCCAUCGAAUCCUCAAGCUGACAAGGUAAAAAUCUGUCGUUCUGCCUAGUUAAAUAAAAUACAAAUCUGGGCUGAAACUCUUUAUGGCAUAUAUUGUUACACAACCUGCUGUUGUGUGGCAGACCAUGCAGGGCCAUGUUUUCAGAAGAUGUUUCCCAACAGUGACAUCACAAAGCAGAAUGGCUGUGCCAGGACGAAGACUGCAAACAUCAAAACACUGGCCCUUGAUAAUGAGCAAGGAUUCAGAGGCAAUGAAGAGGUGUCCUUUCAGCCUGGCUACCAAAGGCAGUACCGACAUGGAGCAUGUCAAAAUGUAACCGAUUGUAUUACGGCUCUUCAGUGCAAGUAUGGGCAAGGAAGUAGUGUUAUGUGAAUCGAGAGAGAGUCUACAGGAAGAGCUGUAAUUGACACUGAAAUGAAGAAGAGGAGCAUUCCGUGGUGCAAUUGUGAGGUUUUUUUUGUGGAUAAUGCUGCUGUCGUACAAGGUCUGGGAAAAGGGGUGGCAGAAUUUGUGAAGACCUGAAAUGAGAAUGUGUACUUGGUUGGUUGUGCCUGCCAUUUGAUACACAUAGCUGCAGAGAGGGCGUCGAGGCAGCUCAGUGUUAAUACUGAAGACUUUCUCUUAACCAUCUUUUACUAUCUUGACAAGAGUAGCAAGAGGAAGGCUUCUCUGUUUGACACUGAUGUCAGGAAGAUUUUGAAGCUGGUAUCUACAAGAUGGUUGUCCCUUGGCCAGUGUAUCAACUGCCUUCUGCAGCAAUGGGAUCCUCUGUGUUCUUUGCUGAUGAGGUAUUGGAAAAAGACCACUGUGACCCCGAGCUUCACCACAACAGCCACAUCCUCGUCCUCACUUGAGCCCUCUGCUAGGCAGCCCAAGAGUUUUUCCUCCUCCUCCUCCACCACCACAUUGCCAAUGCCACGGCUCAAGCCCCCAGCUGACUCUACGAAGCCCCCAGCUGACUCUACGAAGCCCCCAGCUGACUCUACUCCACCUGGCUCCCCCGAGCCCCCACCGGCCACCUGGCUCCCCCGAGCCCCCACCUGGCCCCCACCUGGCUCCCCCGAGCCCCCACCUGGCUCCCCCGAGCCCCCACCUGGCUCCCCCGAGCCCCCACCGGGCUCCCCUGGAAGCAAAGUCAUGCCAUCCUCCAUCAAAUGUGGACCUACUGACAAAACCUUCGACCUGACUCUCAGUAUCUGUUCAAGCAAAGGGAUAUUGGGGUCAAAGUGGCAAACCAAAAGGCAGAGAAGAAUGAAAAAGGACCAAAAGAUCUUACAAGUCCUAAAAUCUCACAGAUCCGGUAUCAAAAAUCUAUGCAUACUUUUUUACAGAGCCAUAUCAAUUAUUUUAUGUCGAAAAUCUGAUUCUGCAACGAGAGGAGCCGUGUGUUCAAAUUUUACUGUCAAUUUUAGAGAUGCAACUGCAGAAACUAAUGUUGUCAUUCUACAAGCCAGACACUGGCACUACCCUUAUGAUGGCAGAAACGAGUAGUGGUGUCAAGCCUACACACUACCUGGAGAGACAAAACCAGCUUCCUGAUGAGCUGUCCAUUGGCCAGGACCUACAUAGGAAGCCUUCUAGGCAGAUGUCAGAAAUGUAUUUUCUUCUGCAGUAGACUACAUGUUGCUGAAAUGUCCAUUUGGAGAUUUGCUCCUCCAGCGGUUGCUGACAUUGCCAAGAGGCAGACUGCCACGUUCUCAUCCCUCAACCUUUUCAUGGCACGUUUUCCCUGCGUUAUUCCUGAGGGAGCCUCUGUUGAUCUGGUGGAAGAUGAGUUUAGACUCCAACAACCUUUGAGCACGGAUCAGUGCUGGAGAGAAAUUGGCACAAUGAGAAGGGCGGGCCAGCCUGGUCUACUCCCACCUUUCGGCUGUGAUGCUGGGGAUAUUGGUCAUAUUCCACAGCAAUGCAGACUGUGAAGAAGGUUUCAAUGAUUGCCAGAGGAACUGUUUGUCAUAGAGAAGUCUACCCUGAUGCUCUGCUGCGUAAGGCUAAAUCUGCUAGCUACCAGGCAAAUCUGUCCAGGAAAUGGAAUAUUUGAUCUCACCCACUGUUUCCUGUCGUAGCCUUUUCCUUUUUAUUAUGGAUAGCAUGCUGAUUUGAUACUGAUGCUCUGCUCAAACAUUUGUUCUUAUCAUAUCAGAGUUUUAAAAUAAAUAUCGUGGCUUAGACAUUUUGUACCUAAACAAAUAACUUGUUAUUAUUUGUUUUAAUAAAAUGAAAAAAAACACAAA